UACACGAGUCAGCAUUCCCGGGACAUUUUCCCCAUUACCCGAUCAGCGUCAUGCUACAAUCUCAAUGUGGCCUAGUAACGGUGAUUGCAGGUUUCGUAACUAUCAUUCUCACACGAUCGGUCGGUGUCACGGCCUACCGUUAUCAUUAUGAAGAUUAUGAUACGAUGAUGGGCACGUGCCGGGAGAACGAGGUUUGUAAUAUCGUACACCAUCGUCACUGGAUGCCGAGUACGGUGGACAAAAUUUGCCGCUGUCCGUUCAACACGCCCAGUUGCCCGGUAGUUCAUACGCGCCACGGAAACAUCGUGAACGUGAACAGCCGGACGCAGAUGAAGUUUUGCGCACCGCUUAGUGAGCUGCGUCCGUGCCACGAUGGCGAGAUUGCACUCCGGCGCAAAACCCUCUACCAAUCGUACGGCGUGAAGAAUGUUUCCAUCGUCGUCGACUGUCUGUGCGAUCACCGGCAGAGCUACUGGACAUUUCACAACCGCUCAGGAGAGGACUUUAACGAUGCCCGGCACCUGUUCACGGUGGUGCAAAACUACAAAUGUGUUGCCAUGAAGCGCUGUGCACCACACGAGUUUUGUGGAUACGGAAGACGAGAUUACGGAUUCAUCUAUCAUCGCUGCACCUGUCCCGUAUCACACCAGUGUAAAUUCGAUCUGGAUGAGUACGACGACGAGGUGAGUGAACUCUUCUAUCAAGGCCCAGCGUACAUUGCACGGUGCGUCCCCAUCUAUGACUACGAUUGGUGGUAGCGGCACACGAAUCAUCAGCACCACACAAACAUAAGAAAAACAACAUACACACAAAAAUAAACAAGCUUACCUGGGCAGAACGAGUGGCCAAUGUUUUCGUCAGCGAGCGCGCACGGGUGUUAAGACGCUCCGGGAUUACCACGUCCGUGACGAGCCCGUAUUCGAGGGCGGUGUAGCAGGUGAUCCGUUUUCCC